GGCUCAAACACGAAGCCCUCAUGGGGGCCAGUGUCAGCAAUUGUUGCAGUUCUGCAUUCGAACGAAAUGAACUCAAUGUGACAGCAGGGCAGGAAGGGGCGGUUGCUCGGAUGGUUCUUGUGGAGGCGAAGGAACUCGGUUCAAGAUCUUCACGAAGCACUGCGUUUCAUCGAUCUAUGACGGUUUUUGCCGGCGUGCGUCAAAAGGUAUCUGAUGACGUGGCGGGUGUCCAUGAGCUGCCGAUUUGUCCUCUUCAUGGUGUUACCCUGAGUUUCAUGCAGGAAUUCGGAGUGCAGAACAAGACGAAGGUCAGCGCAAAGGAAUAUUCCAUUGGCGGACUUUGCACAACGGUGAUAAAACCGCUGACAAUGUUCAAGAAGGGCAAGCUCUGCUCAACUUCUGAAGAAGCAGAUUCACUCUUAUCCUAUGCGGAGGUCGGUUUCCGAGACAGCCUUCGUGACAUCAAGAAGCAGCCAGCUUUUGCUCGAUUAGCGAUGCAUUUCGUUUCACAUGCUUGGCGGUACGAAUAUUCAACCUUCCUUGGGGCGCUUGCCAACUGGGACUCUCACAAAGGUGCCGACGUCACCUACUACUGGGUAGAUGCAUUUGUAGUUAAUCAGCACAUAGCUGAUUCUUAUCCAAUGGAAUGGUGGUCCACUCGCUUUGCCCAAGCUGUCGGUGACGUGGGAAGCACCAUUUUGGUGUCAUUGCCAUGGGAGGACCCAAUUCCACUGAAGCGUGUUUGGGUGAUUUGGGAGAUCUUUAGCGCAUUUCAAAUGGGAGCGCGCUUUGACAUCGCAAUGCCGAAAGAUACUAUGGACGAUUUCAGAGGAGCUCUGAUCAAUUCCUUCACCACAGUGCAAACUGCGCUGAGUGGUGUAGAUGUCGCUCUGAGUUCUGCGUAUCACAAAAGCCAUCAGGAAAUGGUGCAUGAUGAGAUACGGAGGACAAUAGGCUUUACCAAGCUUAACGAGAUGGUGCAGCUCCGUAUGAAUCAGUGGCUCAUUGGAGCAGCGACCAAGGAGCUCCAGAUCAUGAAGCAGAAUGCAAAUGAAAAGAACAAGAAAGAACAGAUUGGAUUACAGGACAACCUGGGUCGCAUGCUGCGAGAAAGUGGGAACUUUGAGGGCGCUGAGUUUUACUUCAAGGACCUUCUGGAAGAGAUUGAAAGGAUGUAUGGCAAAGAUCAUGCUCUAGCCCUGAGCUGCCUGAACCAGCUGGCAGUCACCCUACAAAAGGCCAAUCACGUUGAGGAGGCCUUACAGUGUCACCGCGACUGUUUGCAACGACGGCGUCGAGUUCUUGGAGAAAAUCAUGAGGAGACACUGCAGAGUGUUUCCAACUUGGCAGUCCUUCUGAGCUUGCACAGGCCAAUGUCCAUCGAGAUUUUUGAGGAAGCCCGAAGUCUAUACAGCCUGGCGGUGAAGGGCCGGGAGCUGACAAUAGGAGAAAAAGACCCACGUACGUUGUACACGCUGAGCAAUUUCGCUCGUUUCCUUUCUGAGGCGCCAGAGCCAUCGGCUGAGCUCUUCAACGAAUCUGAUCAGCUUCACCAAAGGGCAGUGCAGUCUCUCAAAGAUUUGCUUCAGCAGGGCCAUCCGCUGACGCUGUCCUCAUUGCACAACCAAGCUUGUUCGUGGCUGGAUCGAUGUGUCUUCCAAAAGACUUGUUCUGCAGGAGGGCCUAUUGAUGAAUCGAUCAGCCAGUUGCGUCUCGUGCACAAGCUUCGGGUGGAGAAGCUUGGCAAGGAGCAUCCGGACACUCAGCAAACCGAGCGAAAACUACAGGAGAUCGCGCGCAUUCAGAAACAGUUUGCAAACUCUGAUGCAAAUGGAGCUGAUCAAGGAAGACUGGAAUCUUUCCCAUCGUUCCAGGACUUUUUCCAAGCUCACUUCGAAGUUGUCCACACUGCGGAAGAGUUCCAGCAGGUCCGCAAGUACAUGCAUGAAGGUAUUGUAGCGGAUUUGGUUUUUGAUGAUCUUCUAGCUUCCGGCUUUAUUGAUGAGGAUGGUUUCAUGACAACAGGCAUGCAGCCCUACAUUUUCCUGGCUCACAUCAUUACUGGGGAGCUUAGUCAGCGCAAAUGCGAACCUGAGCAAGACUACUUGGGAACAUAUGGAGACACCUUCGUUGUGGCCCACAACAAGCCCGAAAGUGAUGAGAUGUGGCACAGCUCUGACCCAAGUUGGAUUGGAAAGGCAUCGAUGUCUCAGCGGCACAGGUUUCUAGUCUUCAAGAAUUUGCGAUGGGAGUACUUCAAUGUGAUCUCACUCGGACUGGAAUGUGGAUCUCAACAAGCGCUGGAAGCCCUCAAGGAGAUGAAGGAUGCUGCGACGCAUUGGGUGAGUCAGGCCCCAGGAUGGUCAAAGGAUGCUGGAUUCUAUCUAGCAGCAUGGCCUUUGACGACAGUUCCAUGCUUGCACCUGCACAUGGUAGAUCUUUCUUGCACGGGCCCAUCAUUCAGCAGGCUUUCGAAGAAGAUGCUCCUUCUUGACGAUGCAAUCAGGGUGCUGGAAGCCGAAGUUGCCGAAGGCAUCGGUGUGCUACCGGCAUAGGUAACAUUUUGCAAAUUCGUAUUGCAAGCACUUCAUCUGACAGAAUUCAUAUUGGAAAUUGUCACAGAUUUUGGCAGAGACCUCGCCAAUGCGAUGGUUUCAAGCCGCUUGAACAUUCAAAAGCAGAGAUUGUGCUCUUGCAUGAUCUUGGAUGGUGGUACUUCAUGCUAUGCAGUUCUCAAUUCC